AUGAUACUCCCUUCAAAGAGAAUUAUCUAUUGCAUUGGAGCAAUUCUGGUAGUCCACCAAGUUGGAUCAAUGUGCUUGGGAGAGACUUCCAAACCGAAACAUGAGGCAGUGCCAACAAAGUACGAUCAAACUCCGGAUGACGGCGAUGGAAGCGGAACCAGGAUCUUGUCGAGAAAAAGGCGUUUCCUAUCAUUUCCAGAAGGCAGUUCAUAUCAAGUUGUUAUGGACCAAACAAUUCCGAUUGUUUCAAAGACUCUUGUGUACAGCGUCGGCAUUACGGUUGCUUUAGCAUGGCAGCUACCCACCAUUUCCCUAUUUACUAUCGCAAAAUUGCUUCGAGAAAAAACUGUUGAUUCAGGUGCAUUCAGACGAACUGACGAAAACAUUAAUGCCACUACACUGAUCGAAACAAGUACCAGAAGAAACAACCAAAGUCAUACAAAUUCGUACUACUACGACAAUCCCUAUAACAAGAGCUAUAAUAGGAGGCCUAAUGGAUUGGAUCAUAAUUCCAGCAACUACAAUGAUCUGCACCAACUGCACCAGCAGCACCAGUUGUCAACACGGAAGGGCUAUUCUAACCGUAUAAAUUAUUACACGACUGUUAAUGGUAGCAGCUAUGGCCCGUAUGAUAUAUAUCGCCCCCAGUGGCAGACUGCUCAGCAUCGAGGAUUUUUGACUGAUAAUUUGCCACUAAACUUCCUAUCUCCAUUCAAUUGGACCAGACACGAUUGGAGCAGUCUUGUCGCUAGGUAUUUACAAACGUGGAUAGGAAAGCACCCUCCAAACUACCAACAGAGCGGUAGACAAUUUUACCCGGUAUUUGGGAAACGCAGCAUCGACGAACAUACUCAUCCCGAGGAUAAAUUCUUCCUGAACCAUCACCGUUCGACGCGACAUGAAUUGUAUCUGCAGAUAGAAAAAUUCCUGGAAGCGAAAGGAAAACAUGGACAUCAUUGCGUGCUACGGGCCUUGUGUGAAAGUGGACAACGGAAACACGGUAAUGAACCGAAGCCGUUUUUGAAGUCGAUUAUGAAGGCUGUGUUUAGUAUGCCAACAACCCAUGAAGCGAGCACCCAUCAUAAGCAUCGGAUGUAUGACGAAGCCCACGGCCAUGUUGGGCGCUGUGCGGAAAAGUUUUCAUUGUGUCAGGACAGCAUAUGGUCAGAAGAUUUUCUAUUCUAG